UCUAUCUAUCUCUCUGUGUUUGUAGACAAGCAUUGAGCUGGGCACGUAGAAGAAAAUAUAUAACUUGUUCUGACUUGUGGGGGAAGGAAAUAGGAGCCAGUCUCUUUUCUGUGUGUCUGUGUGUGUGAAGAAUGAGCAAGCCAAAGAAGAAGCUCUCAGUGUCAUACAUUACAGUUCCAUCUCAGAUAAUCAACUCCCUCUCCUCAUCAUAUCUUCAAUCUCUUCUCGUAUUACCAAAGAAACCGCCUCCUCCUUCCCCAUCACCUUCAUCAAAGAAGGCCAAGCCGUUUCAGUGUAAGUCGUCAUCUAAAUCUCCAAAGUUAUGGUUCUCGGCCCUAUUCCUCAUGGCCCUGCUCGGCAUGCUCGGGAUUGGCCUCCUUCCUCUCUCUUCAUACCCUUGUGCUACUUCCCCAACUGCAAGUAGUCACCAUCACAUUUUAGAUAACCAGGCCAUCAGCCAAGCAAGAACAGAGCCUUAUCAUUAUAAUAAUUAUACAUUGGUGGAGCCCAGAGAAGAAGCAGAAGAGGAGCACUCCUUCUGGAAGCAACCGGAGGGAAUGGGGUACAGGGGGUGCUUGGAGUGGAGCAAGGAUUACAGGCGGAGGAGCGAGAGAAUUGUGAAGGAGAGGCGAAAGUAUGUGAUGAUGGUGGUGUCCGGCGGGAUCAACCAGCAGCGCAAUCAGAUUGUGGAUGCUGUCGUCAUUGCCAGGAUUCUCGAGGCCGUUCUUGUGGUUCCAGUUUUCCAAGUCAAUGUCAUCUGGGGCGACGACAGUGAAUUCUCAGACAUAUUCGACUUGGAUCACUUCAAGAGAGUCCUUGCCAAUGAUGUACGCGUGAUUUCAUCUCUGCCCUCCACUCAUAUAAGAACAAGGCCGGUGGCCGAGAGACCGACUUCACUCCAUAUCUCUGCUAACUGGAUUCGCUCCCAUUAUCUCAAAAGGCUCGAGAAGGUGGGGGUUCUGCUCUUGCGGGGUCUAGAUUCCAGGCUAUCUAAGGAUCUUCCUUCUGAUCUUCAAAAGCUUCGAUGCAAGGUCGCCUUUCAUGCAUUGAAGUUUGCACCACGAAUAUUGGGGCUUGGCAACAAGCUUGCAGAGAGAAUGCAGAGCAAGGGACCCUACAUUGCUCUUCAUUUGCGGAUGGAGAAGGAUGUUUGGGUGAGGACAGGUUGCCUUCCGGGUUUGAGCCCCGAGUAUGAUGAAUUGAUAGAUAGGGAGAGGAAGCGGCACCCCGAGCUCCUAACUGCCAAAUCAAACAUCACCUGUCAUGAAAGAAAGCUUGCGGGUCUCUGCCCCUUGAAUGCAUUAGAGGUUGCCAGGUUGCUUAAGGCUCUAGGUGCCCCAAAGAAUGCAAGAAUCUACUGGGCUGGCGGGCAGCCACUUGGUGGGAAAGAAGCAUUGUCGCCACUCACCAAAGAAUUUCCACAUUUCUACAGCAAACAAGAUAUUGCAUUACCCGGGGAAUUGGAACCCUUUGCUAACAAAGCCUCCUUUAUGGCUUCCAUUGACUUCAUUAUAUGUGAGAGGAGUGACGUCUUCAUGCCAUCUCAUGGGGGGAAUAUGGGCCAUGCUCUUCAGGGGCAGAGGGCCUAUGCCGGUCAUAGGAAGUACAUAACACCUAAUAAGCGGCAUAUGCUCCCUUACUUCUUGAAUACAUCUCUCCCUGAGCCAGAGUUCAACAGAAUCAUGCGGGAGUUGCACCGAGACUCCUUGGGUCAACCAGAACUCAGAACAAGCAAAGUUGGGAGAGAUGUUACAAAGUACCCUAUUCCUGACUGUAUGUGCAACUCUUCCAGUAGGGGUUACUCAUCCCAACAACACGCUAGGAGCUUGCUUUACAAUUUUGGGUAGUAUACUUCAUGGAAUUUCUAAUGUUGCUGCAAGAAUUGGCAUCAAACAUCCGAGCUCUUUUGGAUCUUGAGAUGGCAGCCACAAAGCUGCUCAGGCUAUUGGCAAUGGCAUUUCUGGCAGACAGUUCAGAUUGUAGAAUUCUAACCCUGCCUCUGCCUGCCAACAAGACGAAUGACUGGCGAAGACAAUAGAAAAUCAUACAGAGACAGAAGCAUUUAUUCAUUCUUUAUUGCAAAGAUCAUUCAGAAGAUGAUUACAGGCCGAUUUUCGUCCAGGACUGACGAGUGAUUGGUCUACCAUGUAAUAUAAUCGCUUUUGUGCAGAAAUUGCCAUUUAUUAAUAUGGAACAGAAAAUACCGGUCCUCUAUGUUUUCACAAAAAAAAUGGUUCGAGUUUGUGUUUA